AUGACAAAGAGCUGCCUUCCACUGGAUUGUCGGCAGGGGGAGAGCAAAGUGCGUCGCCCUGGCAGAUGUUGUGAAGAGUGUGUCCUUUCCAAGGGCAGCUGUGUGCACAACGGCACCCUCAAAUACCACAGUGACAUGUGGCACGAUACGGACUGUAACUUCUGUAGCUGUGACGGAGGACGGGUGGCUUGUCGGAAGGCAAAGUGUGCCAAAGUGGACUGCGGGCAGGGUGAAGAAUUAUCUCAUUUAUCAGGCAAGUGUUGUCCUGAAUGCAUUUUAAGAGGGGCUUCCUGCGUUUACAAAGACUCUACCAAAGAUGUAAGUAGCUCGCUGAUUUAG